AUUGUUGUGAUAAACUUAUUAAAUAGAUAGUAUGGCCCAUUUUUCAUGACAACAAACGAGAGUUGACUUAGAUUUCAAAGUAUUUUUGAAGAUGUGCAGUGGAUAAUCUGAAAGGCUUCGACUAAAAUGAAGAAACGGAAAGAUAAGAAUAGAAAUCAAAGCACUCUAGUCGGUAUCCCCGAGGCGCUCAAUGGAGAUGGCAAGGGGGAGUCCAGGAACCAGACUGUGUUCGGAAUAUCAGAUGCAUAUGGGUCUGCAGAAGGAGGGGGAGGUGAUGUGGGUGGGGGCAAGAGCAUUCGUGAGAGGAUCAAGUAUCUGCAGGAGAAUGACCAGGAAAAGUACACUCUACUGCUGAAAAGAGCAUUCGAGAGCAUGAAUCUCGGGGGCAAACUGGAGGAGCUGAUGAAGGCCAAGAAAGGGGGAGGUGCUACGACUAGUGCUAUAGAUAUGGACAAGUUCGUACUCGCAUUUGCCACUCAGAAACCACUCGAGCUCCUAAAGAUAGAAGGUCUGGCCAAUGCGAACUCGAGUGAAGUGGCAGUUGGGGCGGAGGGAGGGGACGAAGAGAGGAAGGAUGCCCCUCAGCACUUCAAGAAUCAGCUGCACACCAUCAAGAACAAAAGCAUAGAGGAGAUGUCUGACUUGAUGAAGGAACUCUCACAGGUCCUCAGAUACUGCACAGUCGACUGGAUACGCAAUUUUGGUGAAGACGGGCUUGUUGGAAUCAUGAAAGCACUCAAACGUGCGUUCGAACUAGAGAAAGAAAAAGAAAAGCCUAUAAAAAAAGAGAAGGACCACUUCACAGAGACCAAACUGAACACUCUCCGCUCCCUGCGAUGCAUGUGUAACUGCAAAGCAGGUCUAGUCGUAUUUCUGGACACGUACUCUGGACUCUCCCAGAGCGUGGCUUUGGGUACAGAUAACAUGAGCAAACAGCGGGAACAGGAAAGGGAGAGGAUGUUUUUGAAUCUGGGCUACAUCGUGAUGUGCUUGGGCUGGGAUCCGACGUCCGAGGCAAAACAGACACUUACUCUGGAGACGCUACAGUUCCUAGCACCGCUAAUGGGAAUCAAACUCAGUGACCAAUACAUGUAUCCUAUUGUACUGGAGGCAUUUUCGGCUGCUGAGACAAUCAGGAGAAGAGACGACGACAACUUUUUGAUCAAUUUGGAAAAAUACGAGCGAUUCACACCCUUAGCAAACAUGUUGGACAUAUACGCCAAAGAUGUGAACGACAGUUCUCUCAUGGAGAAGCCCUUUCCGGAUCAGAAACCAGAAGACGGAUCAAAUCCGCCAGAACCGGACUACGCCAACGAGAUCAAAAGAUACCCCAAUGGACUCAAAAUUAUUUUCUACGUUUUGCAAUGCAUUCAGAAGUUCUUCGACAAGCUACUAGAACGCAAUCAGAUAGAGUACCUCAUGGUCAUCAAGGCCGAGUUCUCCCGCCUCAAAAUUAACGACCAGCUAGAAAGACUAAGAGUUGAGCUGGUGAAUCGAAGGCGUAUCCGUGAGGAAGAACUGCGUGAGGAUCACGACACGACAGGUGAAGGUGCAGACGGGGAGGGGAACAGCAACGACAAACAGGCCAAAGAGAGACAGGACUUGUAUGACCAGUACCCGGACUUGUUAGUCGUGGACAGUAAUGACGAACUUGCCAAUUUAGUCUACCAUUUGUGCUUCACUGUGCCAGAGAAACUAUCGGAGAAGCUGGAUGGUCAUCACGACAGUCUUAGAAAGUGUCUUGAAAGCUCAGAAGAAACCUUCAAACUGUUGAGGUCUUCCCUCCAGAACACAGACAGUGAGAAGUACCUCCUCACAGCACUUCAGCUGAUGCUCUUCUUCAAAGAUGACGAUGAGUACACGAGAUUGGCUUAUUUCCGAGUCAUCACAGAAUGCAUAUCGCAGCUCCUGGUGAACAGGAAGAGAGAGCACCUCGACUUCUCAAAUGGCAUCCUGCUCAAGGAUGACUGGAGCAUGAAGGAUUUCAUGGACAGCAUAUGCAAACGUGCAGAAGAACUUGAGUCUGAGGGAGUUUCAAGUGGAAGGUCGACUGCUGGAGCCGCACAGGCAAAAGAAGGCACAGAAAGCAAAGACAAAUCAGCUCCGGCCAAUACGCAACGGACACUUGAGCUGGAAGUGCAAUUGUCUGAAUGUGAAAAAAUUCUGAAUGAGUUGGUGGAAAAGUGUGAGAAACAAAAUGUAGAUGUCAAGCUUGCCAAAGACUAUUUGAAUCAGACAAAGAAGUCGUCAAACAUUCCAUCGCCUCCAGGUUCAGGUGGUGGACCGCCUCCCCCUCCCCCGCCUCCAGGAAUGGGCGGAGGGCCGCCACCACCACCCCCGCCACCCGGAAUGGGUGGGGGGCCACCUCCUCCGCCUCCACCGCCUGGGAUGGGAGGAGGGCCACCACCACCACCCCCGCCACCAGGAAUGGGUGGGGGACCACCUCCUCCGCCUCCACCGCCUGGGAUGGGUGGAGGACCACCACCGCCUCCGCCCCCGCCUGGAGGAAGAGGAGGCCCACCACCGCCGCCCCCGAUGCCAGGAAGAGGGGGAGGUCCUCCACCUCCACCGCCACCAGGUGGACGACCAGGCCCCCCGCCCCCGCCUGGAAUGGGAGGGUUUAGACCCCCUGUGAAAAAACAAAGACAUCCCGAUGCUCCCCAAAGAGUCGCUUAUCAGCUGCCCACAGCAACAUCAAAGAUGUUCUGGAAAAAGUGGGUUCCGGACAAAUUGAACGAGAAGUCAUUUUGGCUAACGGUGAAGGAGGGCCAGUUCUCCAAUGCAGAGAGCGACGGUGAAAGCGCAGAGAGCUUCAAGCUCAUCGUAGAGAACUUCUCCCAGAAGAAAGCGGACCCGGCCAAGAAGAAGAAAGCGGACUUGACCGAUUCUGUCAAAGAAGAAGAAGAACAGGCUCGCUAUUACGUCUUGGAUCCAAAGAGUGGUCAAGCUCUAGAGGUGUUCUUCAAGGCCUCCAAGAUAACCCCAGAUGCUGUGAUUGAUGCACUGUGGAAGUGUGACGUGAAUGUAAUCAGCGAAAGCUACAUCAACACCCUCACUGGAAUCCUGAUCCAGACCACUGACGAGGAAGUCAUCAACCUCUGCUCCGGAAUCAUCGAACACAAGGAUAAAAAACUGAUGAAUGCGGAAAAGAUUCUACUGCAGUUCAGUGACUUGAAGGACCUUCCUGUUCGACUGGACAGCCUCCUCUUCUUGAACACAUUCUCUGAGAAUUUGGACCCCAUCAAAUCUGACGUGACUAUAAUCUACGAGGCGAUAAGGGAGCUCAACAAUUCACCCUCAUUCAAGAAAGUGCUCAGCAUGAUUUUGGAGCUGGGCAACAUCCUUAACACAGGAAAUCAGAGACUGAGCAUGGCCAUGGGUUUCGACAUCAGUUACCUCAAAGAGCUGGGUGGCAUCAAGUGUUCGGCGGAUAAGAGCAAAAGUGUGAUCCACGUGUUCCUCAUGAUCCUCGAGAAGAAGCCAGAAACAAGCACACUAGUCGACAGUCUCAUUGGGGAGUUGCAGUACAUUGAGCCAGCCUGCAAAGUGGACGAGGCUUCAAUUGACUCUCGCAUGGGUGGCCUGAAGAAGAAGAGUGAGAAACUGGGAAAGACUCUAGAGAAGAAGAAGGUAAUCAAUGACAAGGAUGCGUUUAUUCCUGUGUUCAAUAAGUUCCACAAGGAUGCGUGCAAGCAGUUGAAACUAGUGGAGAGCAUGAUUGACAAGUACAAGAAGGAACUGGACACCAUGCGACUCCAGUUCUUCGAGGAAGGGACGAAUGUGUCGAUCGAAAAUGUGCGUGAUGUGAGCCAGUUCCUGACUAGUCUGAAGCAUUGCAAGAAGGACUUGGAGGAGGAGAGGGCGGCGGCUGCGAGGGAGGAGGCCAAGCAGAAGAAGGCCGAACAGGAGAAGAAGCGCAAAGAGGAGAAGAAGGCAGAGAAGAAAAACCUUAACGACAUUGACGCUAUGGGCGACAGCGAGACUGGUAUUCUGGAUAACGUGCUCAGCAAUGUGCCCCAGGCCAGAGCCAAGAGAGCCCAGAGGUCAGGUGGUGGGGGAGGGGCAGGGGGCGGCAGAAGUGCGGCGAACAAGAGGGCCGUGCUGACCCGUCGACAGAGCCAGCUAGGAAUGUCUCCGGGAGGCAGCAAACAAAUGGUCAUGGCGAGCUGAGGAUAACAUAUCCUGGGUAUUAACGAGGAAUUACCCCCUCGCUUCCAGGGGACAUGACCUCAAUGAAUAACCCCCUGGUACUCACUAGGAUCACGUGACGUCAUCAUAUUAAUGACACAUCGGAAUGUUCUCUGUAGAUCAGAUGAAUUUAUCAUUUAAUUUCAAAAAUAAUAAGACUAUUUUACUAUUUCGUGUUGAAACCUUGUAUUUCCGACAUUUAAAUUGACCAAUUGAAGGCUCAUAUGAUCAGACACAUUUCCAUAGCUUUUCGUUUCAUUGUUUGGUUUCAUUGUCGUAGAUUAUUCUUUAUUAAUGAGCUUGUUUAUACAGUUGCUAGAUGGGAUUAGUAAAACUCUAUUUCUAAUAAUUUAAAUCAAUCUUCCAUUUGAAUAAACUACUGGCUCUCAUGGCACAAAUGUUGUAAAAAUACAUUUAUUUUCAAUCUA